GAGAUGAAGAGGCCGCCCUUAGCUCAUAGCCCCCACCCAACCAAUAAACUUUACGGUUUAAUGAAGCCAACCUUGUGUGACUCUUGAGACACUUCAUUAUAUAUAACACACUAACCAACUCAACAGAACCCAAAAACAAAUAAACACUUUCUCUGUUUUUCUCACAAAAGAUGGACUGGACCAGAGGACACACCAUCGGCCGCGGCUCAUCUGCCACCGUCUCCACUGCCACUUGUCGUUGUUCCGGUGACAUUUUCGCUGUCAAGUCGGCCGAGCUAUCGGAUUCUGAGCCAUUACAAAGAGAGCAGAAAAUUCUGUCUAUUUUGAGCUCUCCCCAUAUAGUUAGCUACAUUGGGCAUGACAUUACUAGAGAGAGCAACAAGGUUUUCUUCAAUUUGUCGAUGGAGUACGUCUGCGGUGGCACGCUCACCGAUGUGAUUCGAAUUCACGGUGGCAAACUCGAUGAGCCGGUGAUCGGAUUUUAUACCCAACAAAUUGUUCAAGGAUUAGAGUACAUUCAUUCAAGUGGCAUAGCACAUUGCGACAUUAAGGGUCAGAACAUUUUAAUUGGGGAAAGUGGAGCAAAAAUCGCUGAUUUCGGUUGUGCCAGGUGGCAUGGUGCAGUGGUGCCAAUUGGCGGCACACCCAUGUUUAUGGCACCUGAGGUGGCUCGUGGGGAAGAACAGGGGUGCCCUGCUGAUAUUUGGGCACUUGGAUGUACAGUCCUUGAAAUGGCCACUGGAGGGUCACCGUGGCCUAAUGUCACCAACCCAGUUUCAGUUCUAUACAAAAUUGCAUUUUCCAGCGAUUUACCGGAAAUCCCAGAUUUUCUCUCUAGCCAAACAAAAGAUUUCUUGGGCAAGUGCUUGAGGAGAGACCCGAAAGAUCGGUGGACCGCCAAACAGCUUCUCAAACAUCCAUUUUUUGGAGAAUCUAAACUUGAUCAAAAGCAAAUUCCGGAAUUUAAUUCCGGUUCUCCAACAAGUAUACUCGAUCAAGGCAUUUGGAGUUCAAUGGAAGAGACAGAGACUCACAAAGGUCAUUUGAAUUCUCAGGGAAAAUUGGUGGGAAAGUUUUCUUUGCUUUCUGGGGAACCAAACUGGACAUGGGGCGAGAAUUGGAUCACAAUUCGAAGCAAUGAAAACGAUAGUAGAGAAAUAUGUGGGUCAGUGACAGCUUCGAAUAGUGAUGAAAUGGAGCUGGAAAGCUGUGCUGGUGGUGAGGAAGUAAUGAAUUUCACCGACAGUAAAGUUAGCGGUAGUAAUAAUAAUAGUAGGAGUUUAAUGGACUGCACGUGUACAGAAGAUAGGGUUGUAAUGAGCAAUCUCAAUUUUGGGAGAGAGAAAGGGUUGUUACUCAUUCAAUCUCAGUUCUUAUAGUAAAUGUUAAAAGUUCUUAGUUCCAUUUCAUGUCAUGGUUCAAGUUUUUCUUCACUCUGAAUGCUCUAUAUAGGAAGAUAUUAGGUGUAUAUUGAUUCGACCCACACACAUAGUAUCAUCAGUCGAUAAAUAAUUUUAAAUAAGAUUGUACGAAAUUACUAGAUCGGUUAAGUUAGAAACAAAGUUUUCUUCUGAGAAGAGUUAAUUUAGUUUCACUUUUUAAUUUUUUUGGACAAAUUUGGCCUAACCAAAUUAGUUCUAUUUAGAAAAAAAAAAAUGUCUUUUUUUGGUUUGGAUGUAAUAAUUGUAA